UUGAGCCUCCGAUGGAACCCAAAACUACGAAGCUCCUCGUUCUCUCAUCUCUCACCUUCCUCCUCAUCCUAAUCUUAAUCAUCCUCUCACGGUUCAUUGUAUCGAAAACACUAUUCUUCGUCGCCGCCGUUAUCUUCUCGUUGCUCCUGAUAGUCAUAGCGUGGAUACUGCUCGACUACACUGUCCUCGAUCCGGAAAGAAGAAAGAAGUCGACUAUGAGGAAUUCGUCUCUCGAAGGCGAAGAUCUCCGCCUCGAAUACAGCUUCCUCCGCAAAGUCGCCGGUCUACCUACGAAAUUCUCGUACAAGACGCUAGAGGCAGCCACUGACGACUUCCGAGCAUUGAUCGGACGAGGGUCUUCGGGCGCUGUGUAUAAAGGAAUUCUCGAUGACGGCACGGCAGUAGCGGUUAAGAGGAUUGACGGUGCUGAGCACGGGGUUAUGGAGUUACAGUCUGAAGUGGCUGCAAUCGGCAGCGUCCAGCAUGUGAACCUCGUGCGCCUCCUCGGCUACUGCCUCGGCCCGCGCGGCUGCGGCGGCCCGCACUACCUCGUCUACGAGUACGCCCACAACGGCUCGUUGGAUAGCUGGAUAUUUUCGCAUUCGAGACAUGACGGAUUCCGCAGCGGCGGUGGCAGCGGCAGCCCCCGGUGCUUGCCAUGGGCGGUACGGUACCGAGUAGCUAUCGACGUGGCCAAGGCGCUUGCGUACCUGCACCACGACUGCAGGUCGAGGGUGCUGCACCUCGACGUCAAGCCGGAGAACAUACUGCUCGAUGAGUGCUUCCAUGCGCUCGUGUCGGACUUCGGCCUGUCGAAGCUGAUGGGUAGAGAUCAGAGCAGAAUAGUAACGACUGUGCGGGGAACAAAAGGAUACCUGGCACCGGAGUGGCUGCUGGGGGCUGGGAUCACGGAGAAGUCUGACAUCUACAGCUACGGAAUGGUGCUGCUGGAGAUCGUCGGAGGCCGGCGUAACGUCCGACUGAUCGAUGAAGGCGGCAAUGCAUCGGAGCGGAGGUGGUCGUACUUCCCAAAGAUUGUCGCGGAGAAGGUGAGGGAAGGGAGGAUCAUGGAGGCCGUCGACGGGAGGCUGACGGCGACGGGAUGCGAGGGAGGAGUGGAUAAGAAGCAGGUGGAGACGUUGGUUUACGUGGCGCUUUGGUGCAUUCAGGAAAAGGCGAACGUAAGGCCGAGCAUGCCGCGGGUGGUGGACAUGCUCGAGGGAAGGGUCUGUGUCGCCCCGCCGCCAGAGCCGGAGAUGAUUGUGGUAGACCUGCUGUCCAUUGAUCAAGAUGACAGUGAAGAUAAAUCCUCCGAAAGGAAAGUCGCCAGUUCGUCAGAAGAUCGGCCGCCAUCCUCGUCAAGCUACUCGUUCGCUUUCUCGGCGUUGUCCGGCCGGUAGCACUGGCUCGAUCUCCAGAGAGCGUUUGUAUUGUUUGGUCGUCUUCUUGCUUUGCUUGGUUUAUAUGAUAUCAUUGCUAUGUUCUAUUACUCUGAUGAGGAUUAAUUGUAUCAGAAUUAUUCCUGUUUCUGUUUUUUUUUUUUUUGUCCUUUUACAUGCAAAGAAUGAGGUGAAGUCGAUAUUGAAGAGAAAGUAUAUGAUACA